UAUUUAACUCUUGAUGAUCUUCCUCUCUCUCACACAAUCACAAAGCGUACGCUAUUUCACAAUUUCAAUUUUGAAAGGAUGGCUCUUGCUGCUACUUCUUCUUCUAAAGUUAUCUCGGGAUCAGGCUUUCCUCUCUCGAGUUUGUCAAGUGAAAUCAAAGUUUCACAAAUUGGUUCGUUCCGGUUAUUUGACCGGCCGCACGUGGCAUCCACAACUCUGUCUCAGCGGCGGAGUUUGGUGAAGCCGGUGAAUGCGGAGCCGAAACGGAAUGAUACGAUUGUGCCACUUGCAGCAACCGUGGUGGCUCCUGAAGUUGAAGAGAAAGCUGAGGUAGUGGAGGAGGACUAUGAACAACUGGCUGAGGAGCUUCAAGAUGCUUCGCCUCUUCAGAUUAUGGAUAAAGCUCUUGAGAAAUUCGGAAAUGACAUAGCUAUUGCUUUCAGUGGUGCGGAAGAUGUCGCUUUGAUUGAAUAUGCACAUUUAACUGGUAGACCAUUUAGGGUGUUUAGUCUUGAUACUGGGAGGUUGAACCCAGAAACGUACAAAUUCUUUGACACAGUAGAGAAACAUUAUGGUAUCCGGAUUGAGUACAUGUUUCCAGAUGCUGUUGAAGUUCAGGGAUUAGUGAGGAGCAAGGGGCUCUUUUCUUUUUAUGAAGAUGGGCACCAAGAAUGCUGCCGUGUGAGGAAGGUGAGGCCCCUUAGGAGGGCUCUUAAGGGUUUGCGUGCCUGGAUCACUGGCCAGAGGAAAGAUCAGUCCCCGGGUACUAGAUCUGAGAUUCCUGUUGUUCAGGUGGAUCCAGUUUUUGAGGGAAUGGAUGGUGGUGUUGGCAGCUUGGUGAAGUGGAACCCUGUGGCUAAUGUUAAGGGUAAUGACAUUUGGAACUUCCUUCAUGCCAUGGAUGUGCCUGUGAAUUCAUUGCACUCACAAGGGUACAUCUCAAUUGGGUGCGAGCCUUGCACAAGGCCUGUUCUUCCAGGGCAACAUGAAAGGGAAGGAAGGUGGUGGUGGGAGGAUGCCAAGGCUAAAGAGUGUGGCCUCCACAAGGGAAAUCUAAAAGAGGACAGUGCAGCCCAAGUGCAUGGAAAUAAAAAUGGAUCUUCUGCAGUCAGUGACAUUUUCAAUUCCCAGAAUUUGGUGAAUUUGACUAGGACCGGUGUGGAGAAUUUAGCGAGAAUGGGUAACAGACAGGAGCCAUGGAUUGUUGUGCUCUAUGCCCCAUGGUGCCAAUUUUGCCAGGCAAUGGAGGGAUCAUAUGUUGAGUUGGCUGACAAGCUGGCCGGAAGUGGUGUGAAAGUUGGAAAGUUCAGAGCAGAUGGUGACCAGAAGGAAUAUGCUAAGCAAGAAUUGCAGCUGGGAAGCUUCCCAACAAUACUGUUUUUCCCUAAACACUCAUCAAAGCCAAUUAAGUACACAUCCGAAAAGAGGGAUGUGGAUUCAUUGAUGGCUUUUGUCAAUGCCCUUAGGUGAUUUUAUCUGAAAGGGUUCUCAUUCAUUUUUAUACUUUCUUUCCUAUCAUAAUAAGUUGGGGGAAUCCAAUACAGCUGGUCGAAAAACAUGAGUUGUGGUGAAAAUGAAUUUCACCACGUAAGUUAAUUCUUUUCUUUUCCGGCAGUGGCACCUAAAGCACUUAAAUGUGCUUUGGGCAGUUUUUGUAUAUGGUCGAUAUAGUGUUCUUUUCUUGUUUCGAGUCUUAAGAGAUCGUCUGUUGUGGAAGUGAUCUCAUAGAGUGGUUACUUAUGGCUGUAAUGUGAAGUUAUCCAAGAUUUUGGGCAAUUUCAAAACUCUGCUGCUUCACAAGUGUAACUUGAGUUCUAAAUUUAUAACUCCCUUACGCAUUCUUCAUA